AAACGUCAAGCUUAAAAUGUCAAAUUUGAAUUUGUGUUUUUUUUGCUAAAUUCGGCGCUGAAAAUGUUGGAUUUUGGUUUAGCUUAAUCAAAGAAGUCUGUUUCAGUACCUACUCUUAAUAUUAUGUCGUGAUUAUGUACCUACCCACAAUCCUUACUAUCCUAAACAAAGUGAAUAAGCUGUUAUGGAUGACUCUCAAAGUUCAGAUAAUAUCUUUUCAGAAACAAGUGUUUCAGAUUUAACAACAAUUAAAAUAGAAAAGUACGAUGUACGUGUUUCGAAGAUUAAGGCUUACGCACAGACUUGUGUUGGUGCGAAAAAUGUCUUACAUCAGGAACCUUUCACUGUAUUUCUGGAAGACUGCAGAUUUUGUAUACUUCAGAGCUUGGACCUAGUUAAUAUAUUAUUAGAAGAUGCAAACACAGAAAUAGAUAAAUUGUGUAAUUACUUGGAGGAUGCUGUGUGCAUUUUACAAAUAUUAUCCAAUAGAGUCAAGAGUAUAAUAGAAUCUGCCACCAUCACAUGCAGUGCAGCAAAGAAUUUGAGCACUAGUACUGGAAAUAUAAUAUUAUCUGUAUUCACUCAUUGUAAAGACAGUGAAUGUACUUACGGCAAUAGCCUAUGUAUGGUGGAAAAACAACUGAAGGAUUUGUUUCGAAACUGCCAUGAGUUGCAGUUGACAUAUUUAAUGGCUUUAGAAAAGCAUUUGAUAUUUGAUUUGACUGAAAAGGAGGACCAAGAUAUACUUGUUGCAACUUUAGAGAUAAACUUGAAAAUUGGCGAUGUGGUGCACUCAUUAGAUAUCAAAACUAUGGCGGAGCAGUGGAAGGCAUAUACAAUGAUUUGUAAGAAAUAUUCAAGUUUUCUUUUGGAGAAAACUAUAUUUAACACAAGUAGUAAACUACUUGCUUCUACAAUACAAAGAAAUAUACACAUUGCUUUGGAGGCAAAUGAAGAAGACAAGAUUGUACUUCGAUCCUUGAAAGUAGCAAGUUUUUCUAUAAAGAUACUGUUGCAAAUAUGUAACAUAUUCAAAUGUUCUGCCAAUAAUAACUAUAGGAAUAUCAUAAAACUAUUGCUUCAAAUCAGUUUGUGCAACAGUUCAUACUAUGAAGUGACUGCAAAUAAAUCAUCAGAAUUUUCAGCACUGUUGGAAACACACAUAUCAACUCCUGCGAAAAUAUUAAUUGAUAUUCUUAUUAAUGAAGAAAGUUUUCUAAAAUUAAUAUUCGUAACUGGAAGCAGUGAACUGAAAGAUAGUGAGUUGCUGGGUCAUAUGCUGCUUGAUGUAAUGAUAAUGAAAGCGCUUCUAAAGAAAGAAGAACCAAGUGAUAAUAUGGAUGAAGUUGUUGUUUGUGUGUUCUCACUCUUACCUUAUUGUCACAAGUGGUUUAACAUUGGGUUGAAAUUUAAGCAUACCGCUACAGAAGACAAAACUCAAUACUACAGGUUAUACGAAUAUUUGUUACUCCACACCGCAGCUUUGACGAACAUAUUCAGUUGCGCACAGUAUAAGAGAUUAGAGAAUUGUUUAUAUGAAGCUCUGUUGGGAACUGAGUAUUAUAGUGCGAUUUUUGGUUCUAACUUAUGGGUUUUACUUUGCAGGUUCAGUAAUAACCAACUGCAGUUACACGUGUUGUUGGGCUUAUUAAACGUUUACCAGAAACUGGAAUCUCAUCCCUUAUUUGCCACCUCGCCUCAGCGAAUCCACUUGGGUUACACUAUAGAAAAACUAUUCCAUACCGUCGACGAAAAAGAAAAAAUGCUAAUCUACAAACAAUUUAGUGUAAAAGAUGAAAGAAAUAUUGGAGUCUGGACUGCAAUGAAAAUAAAGAAUUUACAAAAUGAUGUUGCAAAAUAUGUGGAAAGGGUUGUAUAUGAUAAUCUAAUUGCCUGUUUUGAUGAAGUUUCAAAUGAUAAUGAAGAUAGAUUAGAGAAUUUGAUUGAAUAUUUCAAAUUGGCUUCAACUUGCCAAUUUGUAGAAAGAGAUUCAAGGAUAGAAGAUUUGCUGUUAAGAGCAUGGCUUAAAGCUUGUCCACUUUGCAAUAAUGUACUGCAAAGGCAUCUCGAUGGUCGUUCAGUAUGGCUCUUUAGGUAUUUAGAGGAUCUGACUUCUUUGACUGAAAGUUAUAUGGAAAAAUUUGAACGAAGAAAAACUUUAGUAAAGAUACUAAAUAUUAUUUCAAUUAUUCUAAAGACAGGAAAUAUGGAGACAGUCCAUCUUUUACUUAAAUUAUUUUGCAAACUUGCAAGUUUUCUAUUAGAAAGCGAAAACGAUGCAAUUGCGACUCUAUUAACAAGAACCAUAACGAUCAUUUUUAAAGGCAACAAUGAUUUACAAGAAUACAUAUUGAGUACUAUAAUUUCUAAUGCUGAUAUUAGUGAAUUAGUUUUACCAGUUCUGGAAAACACUAAAUGUAUAUCGGAGAAAGUUGUUGAAUACAAAAACAUAAUGUUCAAUACCAAAGAAUGGCAAAAACAACUAGAUUCAGUUGCUGAUAAUAAGUAUAUACAUAAAUGUAUGCAAAUAUCUGAUAUAGACGUACAAGAACCCAUAAGUAUGGAAUGUAUUGAUAUAAAUGUACAAGAACUAAGGAAAAGUCAAACUAAUUUUGAUCUUGGAGAUAUAGAUUCGUUGUUUGAAGAGAGUGACGGGGAAGAACCGGUUAGCAAAAAGGCGAAAUUGGAUUUCGAUGUCAAUCAUCUUAUAGGAAAAAUCGAAUCGGAUGUAGAAAAGCUGUGUCAAAGUAAAGAGAAUAUACUCAGUGAAUAUAAGGAUAGAAUUAAGUGUGUAUGUGAUAAGUUGAGAAAUAUAGUUUCUUAAUAUUGA